AUGGGAUGCUGCACCGGGCGCUGCACGCUGAUUUUCCUCUGCACUUUGCAGCUGCUUGCUGCCUUCGAGAGACAAGUCUUCGAUUUCCUGGGAUACCAGUGGGCUCCAAUUCUUGCAAAUUUCCUCCAUAUCAUCAUUGUUAUUCUUGGCUUGUUUGGUACAAUCCAAUACAGACCUCGGUACAUUGUGGUGUAUGCCAUCUGGACAGCCAUCUGGGUCACCUGGAACAUCUUCGUCAUCUGCUUUUACCUGGAGGUCGGUGGCCUUUCGAAGGACAGCGAGCUCCUGACCUUCAACAUCUCCCGGCACCAGUCGUGGUGGAGUGAGAACGGUCCCGGGUGUGUCCGGAAGGAGACCCCCAUGGCGGGCAUCAAAGGCCUGGACAGCCACUCCUACGUCUCCGUGAUCGGCUGUGCUCUGGAGUACCGCUACAUCGAGGUCAUGCACAGUGCCCUGCAGAUCCUGGUGGCGCUGGUCGGCUUCGUCUAUGCCUGUUACGUUGUCAGUGUUUUCACAGAAGAAGAAGACAGCUUUGAUUUCAUUGGUGGAUUUGAUCCUUUCCCUCUCUACCAUGUCAAUGAAAAGCCCUCCAACCUUUUGUUCAAGCAGACAUACCUGCCUGCGUAAGUGAUUGUGAGACCAGAUGAGCCGAAGUGAUGCACCCAGAAUCUGAAUGCCAAAUAUCCCAGCUGGGCCACAGCCCCAGCAGCAAAGAGAUGGAAAACGCAUUCCACUUAAAUGAUAUACAUAUGAAGACUGUACUUCAACAGGUGGCCACUCAAGCCAAAAGAACCUUUUCCUAGCCAGCUGCUCAUGCCAAUGCCUUCUCAAUAUGCUGGCUUAUUAGUGGACUUGUAGGUUUUGCUACCAAUGAAUGAAUGGCAGGAUUGUUUCCUUCUUCCCUCCCCACCCACUCAGUCCCACCUGCUCUACUGAGAAUCCAGGGGAGAAUAUUUGGAAAUAUCCACUUGAUUCUGUUAGAUUCUCUUUUGUAGAACCCAUCCUUGAAUGUACCCACUGUGGAGGUUUAAUGGCAUACACGUUGUUAUU